GAUAAACUAUCGAUAAAGUUAUAGAAUUCGAUUAUAGACCACAUAUCUUUCACCUUCCAUCAUGAAUGAGAAAAAGACCACAAACAAAAUAGAUUUUUCAAUCAUCAAACAAAUCCCAAAUUUCUAACUGUAUGAAACUGGAUUCAAAAAAAUAAAAAUAAACAGAAAAAUCAGGUUCUUACAACGCCAAUCAUCAAGAAACCAAAGAAAAAAAGUAGUCUCAGAGCUCAAUGGCUACUGCAGUAGCUUCAACCUCUUCCUCUCUCCUCUUCUUCUCCUCUCACUCUUCUUCACCUUCAUCUUCGUCUCUCUCACCUCUCACUCGUCUCUCCUUCUCUCCAACUUCCCACCACUCCUCUCUCUCAUCAUCUCUCUCCAUUUCUCCAUCUUUUCUUGCUCUCUCCUCAAAGACUCCCAAAAGAGCAGUUUCAUCUUCAUCAUUCACCAUCAAGGCAGAGAAGAAGAAUGUGCUCAUCGUCAACACCAACAGCGGUGGCCACGCAGUCAUCGGCUUCUACUUCGCCAAGGAGCUUCUAGCCUCCGGGCAUGGCGUCACUGUCCUGACCGUGGGCGAGGAGGCCUCUGACAAGAUGAAGAAGCCGCCGUUCAACAGAUUCUCAGAAAUUGUGAGUGCUGGUGGCAAGACAGUGUGGGGGGACCCGGCGGCAAUUGGGAAGGUUCUAGAAGGUGCUGCAUUCGAUGUGGUUUUGGAUAACAAUGGCAAGGAUUUGGAUACCGUGAGGCCUGUAGCAGAUUGGAGCAAGAGCAUUGGGGUAAAGCAAUUCUUGUUCAUCAGCAGUGCUGGGAUUUACAAGCCAACAGAUGAACCUCCUCAUAUUGAAGGGGAUACUGUGAAAGGUGAUGCUGGUCAUGUUGGAGUUGAGAAAUACCUCUCAGAGACUUUGGAUAACUGGGCGUCGUUCCGCCCACAGUACAUGAUUGGGUCUGGAAACAACAAGGAUUGUGAGGAAUGGUUCUUCGACCGCAUAGUUAGAGGCAGACCUAUCCUGAUCCCUGGCUCUGGGAUGCAGUUGAGCAAUAUCUCUCACGUGAGGGACUUGUCGUCUAUGCUCACUAUGGCUGUUGAAAAGCCAGAUGCUGCCAAAGGUAACAUCUUCAACUGUGUGAGCGACCGUGCUGUGACACUCGAUGGAAUGGCAAAGCUGUGCGCUCAAGCUGCAGGACUACCCGUCGAAAUAGUGCAUUAUGACCCCAAAGCAGUGGGGGUUGAUGCAAAGAAAGCGUUUCCCUUCCGCAACAUGCAUUUCUACGCUGAGCCACGAGCUGCAAAGGCGAUUCUUGGAUGGAGUGGCACAUCAAACCUUCCAGAGGACUUGAAGGAGCGCUACCAAGAGUAUGUUAAGAUUGGCAGAGACAAGAAACAGAUUCAAUUUGAGUUAGAUGACAAGAUUCUAGCAGCACUCAAAGUACCUGUGACAGUAUGAUAACUGUUUCCCAAGCAACUGGUAAUAAUCAGCAUGGCUGUGUAUUUGGGGAAGCAAGAGGCAAUUUUUUGGAACUCUUCCAAAGAAGCAAUAACUACAAUCUCUUUGGAUAUUUUUUGUGACAAAAUGAACAUUUAUGUUCGUGAGGAACUGCGCCUUUCAGUCUAGUACUCGAUUCAAUAUCA